GGUGGGACAGAGAGAAGACUCACGCGCACCAGUUAUAUACACACUAGUCUAUCCCGCGCGCGUGUAACUGCACGCCUAGAGAGGGACAGAACGUGAGCGAGAGAGGAAGAGAGAAGGAGGGAGCGAGCGAGAGAGAGAGAGAGAAAGAGAGCGGAGCGAACAGAUGCCGAGCAAGAUCGGACGAAGAGGGAAAGAGAGAGGGAGAGAGGGAGAGAGAGUCGGCGCGCGAGCGAGAGGCAGCGUGCACGGGCAGCGAGGUGGGACAGAGAGAGGGGGAUCGGCGUUACCCCCACCACAGGGGUGAAAACUACCCCGAGAGCGCGUGGGGUGUCCGGCCUCGGCGCCGAGGCGAACCGAGCGCGUCCGAAGUGAGCGCAGUGCCCGACACACCAGGUCCCGCACGGCACGACUAGGCGCACCGUCCGGCACAGUCCACUCAGAGAUACGACCCAUGCUGGACCAUCGUCGCUCUGGUCCACGCCGGCAUCAGGCAUCCAGCAUCCGCGCGUCAGGCCACCGCACGCUAACACACCCGAACGAGGACGUAUUUGGCCAGGACACGCGCCAUCCCGGGAGGUGCGGCACGUUGUCGCUCGUCGUCUCGUGCAACACCGGAAGGACGAGGGACCAACUUUGUCAUCCUGUUCCGUACGAAGAUCGGUACACGUCCGGGAUGCUACUGAAUGCUCGGGUAAAGAAGACUUGUUGUCGUGAAGGGAGACGAUAGAAGUUUCGUUGGUUCGCGUGUGACGUCUCGCGCGCGCCCUUUUUUUUUUUGUUUUCCUCUUUCGGUUGGUUAACUCAAGAGGAGAGGAAGAAAAAGGAGAAAAGGAAAAGAUAAAAAGGAAAAGAUAGAAAGAGGAACACGGUGUGUGUGUGAGUGUGUGUGCGCGCCACGGGAAGCGUGUUCCCCGCGACCCCCGUCAGUCUGGUGGAGGACAGUUGCCGCGUCGAAGUUAGAGCGUAAUUGUUUCUUUGUUUUUCCUUUUCUUUUUUUUUUUUUUUUUUUUGUUUCUCGUUCUCGCCUCUCUGAAUAUACACUUAUUCUGGGCGAGAACAGGUGAUGAGAGGAGAGGUGAUAAGAGUAUGAUCGCGAGUUCGUGUGACAUUGUGUGACUGUCGAGCAACGCGCGACGGGUCACAGCUGGCCGCGACACUUUGUUGCGGCGUCUCCUUCGAGGUGAAACUUUAACGUGGAGAGAAAGGGGAGGAAUCGUCUCGGUGGUUGUUUCGGGGCGGUUUGGGAAAGAAUCGGGAUCCAACGAGAUAUUCGUUCGGAUCACCGUGGCAACGGUGGUUCAGCGGCCGGCGAAACGAUCCAGGCCUCGCACCUGUGCACGCGGACAGUCCCCAAAUACGUGUGUCUACGUUUUCCCUCUGCCUCGAAGUGUCAACAUAUACGUACACCUUUUGGUUCGACUUGAUUCGCUCUGUGUGCCGUUUACACGUCGAGGUGUGCUCGCCUCGUAUAUGUGCCCGUUGACGUGUGUCGUAUCGUCUGGGACUCGCGAACGCGCGGUGUUGAACACCAGCAGAGGAACACGAUGAGGACGAACAUUAGUUGACGAAGAGGUGCGUCCCGGCCGACUGUCAGUUCCGUCGUCGUCGCGGCCAGGUGCACCAGACGAUCGGACGGCAGGUAAACAGGAGGAUCGUGAUAAACCGGAAUCCUGUCGAGAUAAACGAUCCGAAUUAGAUAGAAGGGAAAAGGAAAAAAUAAGUGCAUCGAGGGGGGUUCGCAGGGUCGAUCAAUCUCUUGAGAGAUUUAAGAAAAAGAAAGAAAGGAAGGAAGAAAGAAAGAAAGAAAGAAAGAAAGAAAGAAAACUCGAGAAAAAUCGGAAGUAAGUGGAAAAGUUGUUCGAGGUGAAACGAAACAGGUGAAACGUCGGAUGGACUCGUUUAAACGAACCGACACCGCGGGGCGGAGGUGAGGGGGAGGAGGACAGAAGGCGUUGACGAUCGUCGAAUUAACCGUGCUCGAAGGAGGAAAUUCCUUCAAGCGUGGUCCUCGCCUCCCCCUUUUCUACCACCCCCUUGGAAAACGUGCGUAAACGUUCGAACGAAGGAAUAUCCGCGAGAGAGGAGGAUUCGUCGUGACGAAUACAAAUACAGGGCAUUCGACCACGGAACGAAACCUUCCGUCCUGGACGUUCGAAGAAGGGAAUACGUUGAUCGGAGGCGAGGAUAAAUCGUGCGACCCGCCACGAAGAAGAUCGACGAACGUCACCAUGAGGAUCAAAAUGCCCGCGGUCAGGAUCGCGCAAGCGGAAACCUCGCAAGGCACCACAUCCCCAGACACCGUCCAAUGCGGGGCGUGCAGGGUGUCCUACCCCCUUGGCGAGAUCGUUCGGUUCAUCGAGCACAAGGUGAACCACUGUCGGAUCACUCUUCAGGGUUGCCACAGUCCACCAGCAACCGCGGCGCCGGAAGACUCCGAUCCGGAGGACGCGCUCGCCCUGAAGACCGUCGACCAAGACUCCAAGCUGAACUCGGUGCCCAGCAUCUCGGCACCCAUUAACAAGAGGGGUGGUGGCAGAUUGGAGAGCCCUCCGACGCCUCAGGGCUCCGGCCCGGAAGCUGGAAGCCCGAUCGAGCUGAAAGCAAGCGCGAGCUCGACACCUAAGAGACGAACGGAAGCCUCGAACGAAGACAAGGAGGAUCUGCCGAAGAAACAGAAGACGGAGUCUGUUGAUGCGGACACCAACACGGUCAAUUCUGAACCCCGAUGGCUCCAAUGCUCGCAAUGCUCCAGGAGACUGUCCUCUGCCUGGGAGUUGUUGCAGCACGCGCAGAGCGUGCACGGUGCCAGACUCUACACCUCCCCGUCAUCGUCGACGAACUCGUCGUCGAAUACACCAGCGCCGAGUCCGCCGACGCCUACACCGACGCACACCCACCACCUAAGUCCGCCGAAUCAUCUGAACCUUAGCACCAAGUCCACUGGAAGCUCGUCCGCGGGUAACUCGUCGGGCGGAACGAACUCGAGCGGCAGCAGCGGACGACAACAACUGCAAUCCUCCGCGUCUCUGGUCGGCGAUCCCCUUCACAGUUUUCUAAGGCUACCUCAACACCUGGAACGAAGCUUCCCACCCAUGUUCAGGCCCGAUUUUCUGGCCCUGAAUCCGCUGGCGGGAUACAGGGGCCUCCAGGAGCUUCAGACCGCGACCCGGAACCUUCAAAACCUAGGCGAUCCGCUCAGAGGUAUGGAUGGCCUAAACCUUGGGGACCCGUUGGUCCGCAGUUCGUUGGAUUCCCUGAACAACGCUCGAAACUUGGCAAACUUGGCCGAAUUGUCGCACGGCCGUGGCCUCGCUGGCCAAGCGCAUCCACCCCCACUAGAGACCAAUCUGGAUUUUUACUCGGCGCGCCUAAGGAGCCUCGCUAAUCCGUCCUUAGGCGCGGCUCCACCCAGUAGCGGAAACUCAACGACAAAUUCCAACCCACCAGCCCCCGUACCACCCGUACCGGUACCGAGCACCACCGUCCAGCAACAGCCGCAACAGCAGCAGCAGCAGCAGCAACAGCAACCACCUACGCAAAAUCACAAUCAAUCCGUGGAACCACCGAGCCCUGCAUCCAACAACCAGACAAUUCUGCCGCUCAAUAAUCAUCAAAAAGAAAACUCGCCACCCUGUUACAGUCAAAGCCCGGUCGGGCAUCAUAAUAACAACAAUUCGACCGACAGCGAGAAAACCAGUCCACCCGUCGCCCUCAUGCCCAUCAUCGCCGAUUCCGCGUCGGAGACGAUCUAUCUGUGCGAGGUGUGCGACAAGAAGUUCCGUUUCCAAUCGAAUCUCAUCGUGCAUCGAAGAAGUCAUCGGGACAAGGAGAGGCAGUAUCAGCAAGAUAACACGCAGGAUGGACAGACGACGCCUGCCAGGUGCGAGGUGUGCGAGAUGGAGGUUCCAAGCUUCGCGGAAUUGAGGAAGCACAUGAGGAAGGAGCAUCAAGAGAACCUGAAUCCGCCCAGUCCUCAGGGUAGCGUCGAGACCGCUCCGGACGACGGUUCCAGUUGCGAUGAGAACAUGGAUCUCGACGAGGCUGUGAAAAACGAGCCCAAGACUGAGAGGGAGGACACGGAGGAGAACAUACCGGAAGAUUUGAGCACGACCCAGGGGCAAAGCGGCGAGGAGAGCGGUGGAAGAGUUGAGCAGAAACCCGUCAGCCUGGUCGGCGAUCUGAUGGAAAAGUUCGGAUUAAGCAACAUAGCGCAGUACUCGGAGGCUUAUAGACAGGCGUUGCAAGAGAAUCACCGAGGCGUUUUCAUCAAGACGGAACCACCGUCCAAUCUCACCAACUCUCUCAACAACAACAAGGAGAAAGAUAGCGCGUUGUCGCCCACGAAUUUCAAUUCCUCGACCACGCCUAACAUAUUCUCCGGUCAGGGUUUUCCCAGAUCCUCGGGGCCGGACUUUGGCGGCCUAUGGUUACCCAGCCCCCAUUACCUCGAGAACAAUGAGUUUCGCAAAGUGACCAAGGCCACUACGUCCAAUCUAGCGCUCCAAGGUUUACCCAGCCCUCUGCUCAAGAAGGAACGAACGGGGAGAAACGACACGUGCGAGUUCUGCGGCAAGGUAUUCAAGAAUUGCUCGAAUCUGACGGUGCACAGGCGGUCUCAUACGGGUGAGAAGCCUUACAAGUGCGAGCUGUGUUCGUACGCUUGCGCGCAGAGCUCGAAGCUGACCAGGCACAUGAAGACCCAUGGUCGACACGGUAAGGACACGUACAAGUGUCGUUUCUGCGAGAUGCCUUUCUCGGUGCCUAGCACAUUGGAGAAGCAUAUGAGGAAAUGCGUGGUGGUUGUGCAGCAGUGUCCCAAAUUGGGAAUGCCGUAUCCCGCCAGCCAGGACGAGGACUCCUCGCUGAGUACCAAGGACCCUUGAUCUUGGAACGGAAGCCUACCGCCGAUCCCGCCAUUGUGGCCGCACAGGCCACCUUACCCGGUGUACUGAACAGGGGAUCUUCUUCCUCGGGAGGAAACGGAUCUUCGCACGACGCGUCGCACGUUUCCAUGGUCGAUACUCCGGAGAAUCUUCUUUGGUGAAAUAUGUCCAAAGUCGCCUCUCAGGAUUAGGAGAGGCGGUAGGUCGGUGAAUUAACAGCAACCAUUAGACAGCAAUGGACCUGGAAAAGGUCGCGAUAAUGAGUAUAAAAUAUGUAUAAAAUAUGUGGAACAACGAGGAAACGGGCCUCGAAGGAACGAACGGGAAGGCCACGACUGAACAUCCUUCCCCAACACGAGAAAAUGGAUUCAACGAACGUGGAGGAAAUUGGAGAAAAGACGAUUUAAAAUUGAAAAAUAAA